UUCUGGUGCCAUCAGAAAUGUCUCCCUUAAGUGGCAAAGUCCAGACUGUCUUGGGGCUGGUGGAGCCGAACAAACUGGGCCGCACCCUGACCCACGAACAUCUGACAAUGACCUUUAACUGCUCUUACCACCCACCGCCUCCAUCUCAUGAAGCUCUCUCUCGGGAGCCUAUUAUGAUGAAAAAUUUGUUUUGGAUUCAGAAAAACCCUUACUCCCAUAAAGAGAAUCUUCAGCUGAAUCAGGAGACGGAAGCCAUCAAGGAAGAACUGUUGUAUUUUAAAGCCAAAGGUGGAGGGGCCUUGGUGGAGAACACGACCACUGGGAUCAGCCGCGACGUGCAGACUUUGAAGCGGCUGGCGGAAGAGACGGGCAUUCACAUCAUAUCUGGAGCUGGGUUUUACGUGGAUGCAACUCACUCUUCUGAGACCAGAGCCAUGUCGGUGGAGCAGCUGACUGACGUCCUCGUUAAUGAAAUUCUCCAUGGAGCUGAUGGGACCAGUAUCAAGUGUGGCGUUAUUGGAGAAAUCGGUUGCUCCUGGCCUCUGACUGACAGUGAAAGGAAGGUUCUCCAGGCGACGGCUCAUGCCCAGGCCCAGCUCGGCUGUCCUGUUAUCAUUCACCCUGGAAGGAAUGCAGCCGCACCCGUUCAGAUCAUCCGAGUACUGCAAGAAGCAGGUGCAGACAUCUCCAAAACAGUUAUGUCGCACAUCGAUAGGACUAUACAUGAUAAGAAGGAACUACUGGAGUUUGCUCAACUUGGCUGUUACUUGGAAUAUGAUCUCUUUGGUACCGAACUCCUUCAUUACCAAUUCAACCCAGAUAUUGACAUGCCUGAUGAUAAUAAAAGAAUUAGAAGGGUGCGUCUUCUGGUGGAUGAGGGCUAUGAAGAUCGAAUUCUGAUGGCACACGACAUACACACGAAGCACCGGCUGAUGAAAUACGGAGGUCACGGCUAUUCUCACAUACUCACCAACGUUGUCCCUAAAAUGUUGCUCAGAGGUAUAACUGAGAAUGCGCUUGAUAAGAUACUGAUAGAGAACCCUAAGCAAUGGCUGACUUUCAAAUAGGAUGGUUAGGAAUUCACACCUUGAGCAUAAAGCUUACAGAGAUCAUCCGGUGGUUUCGAACCCAGUGAGUUAUCAAUCAGACCUACAUAGGGCUAAUGACAGAUCAUUUGCAUUUUAUGGGAAUUAGAAGAGUUUUCCCUUCUCAGAAACUGGCUAUUACAUCUGAACCUGCAAGGGGCCUCACUCAGCCCACUGCCUUAACAAAAUAAAUACACAAAAUACCUAUUUCCAAACCAUGAUUUACAGUCUAUAUCCUCUUGGUAGAGUUUUGUUUUGUUUUGUUUUCUUAAUCUAUCAGCUGUACUACUUGUGAAAAUUUAAAGUGUUUCUAGUUAAAUUACCCCCUUCUGGAGCAAUCUAAUGUUUCUUGUAGUAUUGAUGAUCCUACUAAUUAUCCUGCUGUUCUUUAAUUAAUGCUUAAUGAAUAAUAUGGCACUUUAAAAUAAAACAGCUUCUGCAGCAAGGGAAGUUAAAUUCUGAGAUUUCUUUUCAACGAAUACUGUUAAGACAAAUACCAAUUCAACAAUGGUAAAACUAUUGUGGAAAGAUAAUUAUAUGCUGUCCACCUGUCUGUACAUAAUUAUAAUAAAUCCUCAGUGUUGCC